GCGGCGGGCGUCCCCCGCGGGCGCCGGCGCCCUGGGGGCUCUCGCUGGGCCUCCUGCGGGCGGCCGCGGGGGCCGCCGCCGCGGAGAGGAGGAGGAAGGCGGCGGCGGCGGCGAGGGGACCGUGCUCUUCAAUGAUGCGCUGCCCGCCCUGGCGGACGGGGUCCGCAGCGGGCUCGGGGCCCACCGCGCGCGGGAGCGCGCCGGCUCCUCGGACUGCCGCCCGGACGGCUCCGUGGGGCCCUCGGCUCUGGCCGCCGCCCGCGCCGGGGCCGUCGCGGCGCUGCUGCGCGCGGGGCCGGACCCCAUGGUGCUGCAAGAGCUGGACACGCCUGGCGUCGACGAGGUCUUCCGAGACUUCUCGGCGGCGCUUCCAGGCUGUCCCCAGGCGGUGCUGCAGGGGACGCUGGCAAAGCUGGAUCGCAUGUUGCUGCACCUCCGCAGGAGUUGCGCGGCGCAGUCGCUGGCGGGCGUGUGCAGGGCCAACACGCCGUUCAUGUUCGACAUGUUUCUGUACUACGUGGUGCUGAAGUAUGGCCUGCUGGAGCUCUACGCCGUUGAGUCGGGGGGCGCCAACCUCUCGGAGGCCAGCGCGUUCCGCGGCUGGCCGAUCACGAAGGUGGAGCAGCGCGUGUGGUUCUCUUUCGGCGCGCUCUGGCGCGUGAUCUGGCCGGAGCGGGACUUCUGCUCCUGCGUCGAGGGCUACGACUACUACACCACGUUGCACGCCCUCUUCGACCUCUCCCUGCACAUCACCCGGCCAGAUUUUCCAGACCGGGUGCUGCGGAGCACGUCGGAGGUGCACCGCAUGGUUCGGGCUGCCGAUCACUGUGACGAGUGGCUCGACCAGGACUUCCUGCGCAUCUUCUCGUCCUACGCCAAGCUCUCCGCGUGCCUGCCUGGUGCAGUCAUGGAGAACAUCGUCUGCAUGCAGAGGUGGCUGCUCGAUGGGAAAGUCAUGGGUGCCCUGAACACCGCAGAGAUGAUGGUCAAGCUCCUGACCAUGAGCGACACCUGCAUGGACGACACCAGGUGGCCCUUUACGAAGGAGGACGUCCUGCACAACUUUGCGCGGCUGGCGCUCCGCUGGCCUGAGGUCGACGAGGGCUGCGGGGCCCUCAACCGAUUCGGCCACCGGAUCUCGCCGGGCCCCUGCCCCGUUGGCGUCGACCAGCGGGCGUACCGCGGCCUGCUCUGGACGCCGUCGCGGCUCCAGCAGCAGGGCCGCUUCGGCGCGUGCACGAUGGACUUUGCGAGGGCCUGCGUCGUUGACGGGACCGUCACGGUCGCGGAGCACCCCCAGGUGCCCUUCCUGGAGACGUGCUCCGAGACCGGGGGCAACCGGCACGCCUUCCGGGUCGAGGCCGAGCUCCUAGAGGCCGAAGCCGGGCGGCCCGCCGUGGGCUUCGUGCUGAACCUGCCCGAGAGGUCCACCAACAUCUGGCACAACGUGCACUGGCUAGUGCCCGCGGUGGCGCGGCUGCACGGGGACCCCAGGCUCCGCCGCCGGGUGCCGGGCGAGGUGCUGCUCCUGCUGCUGUACCAGGGCUACACCUUCCAGGAGGGCAAGCUGGAGUACGCGCCGCCGCCCGCCGAGGACCUGGCCGCCCUGGCCGAGCAGGCCCGCGAGCUCGAGGCGUGGACGGUGCAGUACGCCCCGCUCCUGCGCCUGCUCACGGCCGCGCCGCCGGUCCUCUUCCGCGGAGUGCGCCGGCGCUGCUUCGAGCCGCUGCUGUGGGGCCACGCCAACAUGCGCGCGGACCGCGAGCUGGCGCAGCCCGGCGCCGUGGGGCCCGCCGAGGUGGACGUGUUCCGGGGCGCCCUGGGGGCCGCGCGGGGUGCAGACCUCGAGGCCCUGGCGGCGGGCUUCUGGGGCCGCGCGGCUGCCGCGGAGGGGCCACCGGCCGUGCUGCUGGUGCAGCGUGACCUGAAGGACCUGCGCGCUUUCGAGGACCUGGCGGGGCUGGCCGCAGCCGGGCUGGCUCCGCUGCAGGCGCGCGGCGAGGCCACCUGGCGGGCCGUGGACGACCUCGGGCGGCAGCCGCUGCUGUUCCAGGCCGGCGUCUUCCGCAGCGCCGACGUGCUCAUCGGGGCCGUCGGGGCGCCGUUGGCCUGGAUGGUCGUGAUGCGGCCCGGGAGCCAGGUGCUCGAGUGGCUGCCCGAGGGCGUGCCUCCGACGCUGUACCGGUGCAGCGAGGCCUGGAACGCGGACGCCCUCGGCAUGUUCGGGGGCCUCGGGCGGCUGGCGCGCGUGGACCAUGUCUGCCUGCGCAGCGAGGCCACGCCCCCGGAGGUGCCUGAGAGCCGCAGGUGGUCUGGGGUGAAGACCUCAGCGAAGGAGUCGGACUGGCGCCUGCGCAACCUCAAGCCAGACCGGGCGAAGUUUGCGCGCUGGAGCGCGGAAGCCGUGAUGAGGGCCAGGCGUUCCAGGGAGACCCUGUUGCGGCCAGCAGAUGGCGCUCCCUUCCUUCGCCUCUACUCAUCAUCAUCUUCGCCCUGUGAGAGCAAGGCGUCGGAAGGGCGUUGGGGAGUGUCCUGCGGCCGCCUUAGGGUGGGCACUUUCUGGCGCCGUCGAAGGUGGACUGGUGCUGUUCGGUCUUCG